GUCCUCUCAGUGGUCGCAAUAGAAAAUAUUUCGCAUGAAUUUGGACAGAAGUUGCUUGAAUAUCUUACUACCAGUUUGGGCACUGUGGUCCUCAGAUGAAGGAAACAUACACACUCAACAACAGAAAAAUGUCAUAUCUGAGUGCAACAAGUAAUCACACAGAAACUUCCAUCAUCAGGAACUCAAAUAUAACAAAUGAUCUUGGUCAUCCAUUUUCAGAUCCUAUAGUAGGUGGCAGAUUAAACGGGAUGUUCUACAUUCUAAUCAGUAUUUCUGGGUUUACUGUCACCAUUGUCAUUUUACUGGCAAUUCUGUGGAUGAUGAAGUAUCGCACUAUGAUUCACACCAUUCGAGAGCUGCGGGGUGUUGAGGGUCUAUUGGGCAGAGCUCCUCCAUCCAACCCCCCAGCUAGAAGUCCCCUAACCUUGAGGAAGUGUCUGGUGCGUGAGACUAGAAGCCCUCCCACACUAGAGCUUGUCUCUGUCCAUCUGGGACAGGAGUCACAGGACACCAGCUUAACCACUCCCCUGGAAAGGCAGACAACCAAGUCAGCUUCUAGGUCUCUCUGGAGACCACAGCAAACGGGUUCCUGCUUCAACACGUCUGGGCUGGGUCUACAGCAAAUCAUCAAAGCAGGGAGGGAAGGGGUGUACUACAAGGCUAAGAUGAUGCGUGGCACCUGCAAGGGCCACUUCAUUGUCACCUGCAAGAUUACCAAAGAGGGGAUUACUCACAGGAGGGUAGCCAGAGAGGUGAGCAUCAUGAGGAAACUGGGUACACACAAGAACAUACUGCAGCUGCUAGACUGGAACAUCACACAGGCUCCUUACAUGCUGAUCCUAGAGUCGGUGAGCAGUGGGACCCUGCGCAGUUUCCUUCAAGUGAAUCAAGACCAACUGAGCAGGGACAGUCAACUGCAAAAUCUCUUCACCACAGCAGCAUAUCACAUUGCCCAUGCCAUGAGACACCUGUGCUCUAACAUGGUGGUGCACUGUGACCUAGCCCUGAGGAACAUCAUGGUGAACCAUUUCCCCAGAGAGGUGAAGCUGGCAGAGUUUGGACUGGCCCAAGACCUGACUCACAAAAGGAGCCAUCGCAGCAGCCGCAAAGGGGACCACAUGCAAAGAGUGCCCCUGCGUUGGUAUCCCCCUGAGUACUUCAAAAACAACUACUACAGCUUCAAAGGGGAUGUCUGGGCAUUUGGCAUUGUGCUGUGGGAGAUGCAAACAUUUGGGACAUUACCAUAUCCUAACCUGGAGGCUCCAGAGUUGGUGGUGCGCUACGUCUGCUCUGGAAACAGGAACUCAGUACCAGAGACAUGCAGGCCAGAGAUACUGCAGAUGAUUAGGGACUGCUGGCUGGAGCCCAACACCCAAAGGCCCUCCUUCAACGACAUAGUCAGGGUCCUGGAGAACAUCCUGGAGGAUGAUGCAGAUUACAUCAAAGUGGACAACGGAGUCCUACUGGCCAAUAUUGAAUUUGGCGACCAAGGUCAAAUCUGCCCCACUCUCCUUCACAGAGACUAAAUAUGUGUAAAUUACUUCAAGUAGCAUAACAUGUUUGGAUGUGCAUGUUUGCAAAAUCUGUUUUCUUUCCCUUUACUUAGGGUAGUAGGUCUACUACAAUGAAACUAUAUUGAAUAAUGCAUCCUAAAAGGCCUACAGAGCCCCUCAGGUACAAAUAAUAAGAACAUUAUUCACAUGAUACAGUACAUGACCGGUGCACAGUAUUUGGUUCCAAUGCAACGUUUUCAUUGUGUGUGUUAGAAAAGCUGUACAUUAAAAGGCCUACAAUUGUUAGUGAUUUUGAUGUGCUUUAAAUCAAUUUAUGUAUGGCAUUAGCCUGGACUCUGGGUUUUGUCCAGGGGUUCAUGCGAGGAUUAGGGUUUGGCCUACUAAGAUUUAUGGACUUGAAAUAAAGGGGAGUAGCUAGUUAGCCAGCUAAGUUCUUGAAAAAAGACACCACAAACACUGCUAGACACUCUAGAGACCCAGUCCCAUGCCUAUCUUUGGCAGCAGUGGGUAGUAACGCCCUACAAGUAACAUGUAUUUAAAGCUGCAAUAUGUACCUUUUUGGCUGACCCAACAACAAUUCUCAUAGAAAUGUGAGUUAUAGAUCUGUCAUUCUCAUUGAAGGCAAGUCUAAGAACUCGAUGUUUAAGAAGUGGUAGAUCUGGUCUUUUACUUGUGGUUUUGUACACAAGUUUAAAACAGUUGAAAAUACAAUAUUUUUGGUUAUGGAAAAAAAUAUUUCACAGCAGUGAAACUUGCUUGUUUUGUCACAUAAAAUAAAAUUAGGCAAGCUAUUCGAUUUUAGCAACCAGGAAAUGGCUGAGCGAUUUCUGUAUAGUGCAUCUUUAAGCACAUUUUCCCCUUACAAAAAAGAUAGCAGUUUUGAAAUUGCAGUAAAAAUGCAGUAACUGCAGUCGACUGUGGUAUUUUGGAAGCAGUAUUUGCCGCAUACUGCAGUUAUACUGCACUCUAACUGCAGUUAUACUGCAGUUAUACUGCACUCUGACUGCAAUCUUUUUAAGUAAGGGUUGGUGUCACUAGUACUUUUCUAGUUACUCUCUGUGGGCUGUACUUGUACUCUGGGAAUGCGGAAGUAGCAUGUUCCCGGGAGGGGCAUAUGUGCACUGUCAACAAGUGGUGCUGGUCAUAGUGCUGGCAGGCUUAAAUAAUAAAUGA